AUGGCUGUUGGCUCCCUAAGGUCGCUGGAGUCCAUCAAUUCAAGGCUCCAACUCAUUAUGAAAAGUGAAAAGUACAUGUUGGGGUCCAAACAGACAUUGAAGAUGAUCCGACAAGGCAAAACCAAGUUGGUCCUCCUUGCCAACAACUGCCCGGCUUUGAGGAAACCUGAAAUAGAGUACUAUGCUAUGUUGGCGAAAACCGGUGUCCAUCACUACAGUGGCAAUAAUAUUGAAACGGACACAGCGUGUGGAAAAUGCUACAGAGUAUGCACACUGGCUAUCAUUGAUUCAGGUGAUUCUGAUCUCACUAGAAGCAUGCCAGAACAGACUGGUGAAAAGUAAAUCAUGCAAAAUUGUUCUUUAUAAUAAAACUUGGUAGAGCUUGUUUAAAAAAAAAUA